AUGAGUUCAUUAGGAGUUAAAGUUGAAGACUUUGAGAGAGGGAGGAAGAAGUGGCAAGGAAAGAUCCAAGAUUUGGAGAGAGAGAUUGGUGGUGGGGAGAGGAAUGGAAUAGAGGGAAUUGUAGUUGGGAUAGGGAUAGUGGGGAUUGAGGGCAUGCUUGGAAGUGGAGGCAAGGUGACUUUGGGGAGACCAGGCAUUGUUGGCAGGCUAGGAAGUGGAGGCUGUGUGGUUGGCAAAGUUGGCAAUGUAGGCUGUGGCAGUGUUGGUAUAGAAGGCAUUGGUGGCAAUGUUGGUUUAGGCAAAUUCGGCACAGAAGGUAAAGGGGGAAACUGCAGAAGAUGA